UCGUCGCUACUUUCCGCCCACUUCCCAGCCAGGUGACAGCUGAGCCAGCUAGAGGAAACAAGACCGCUGCAGCCCAGGCAGUACGAUAUUUGAGGGAGUUCAGUCGUGUUUCACUAAUAAAUGCACUUUUGUUGCUUUACAUACCAGUUGUAACACCUACUCCAUGUGCGAGUGCGUCCUCUGCUCGUUGUCACAGAGUCGGACGGCGGCGGACAGCUAGUAGCAUCGCGUUAGCUCCUCGACGUCCAAGCAGCACACCGAGGUACUUUGACAGCACUCACGACACACGGCGACGACACAAGACAGCCCAAACUGCGCCGACAUGUCCGAGCCGGCCGGGGAAACAAAGCUGGAGCCGAAGCAAGCCAGCAAAGAAGUGAAGGAAAGCGAAAACGUGGCGGAGAAAUACUCAGCCAUGACUGUGAGCAAGAACAGCGAAGUGACCAUGGGCGAGCUGUCGUCCGUGUUCACCGCCGUCCCCACGCACAAGCCCGUGAAGAAGCAAAUCCAGUUUGUCGAGGACAAGCAAGAGUUCAGCAGGUUCCCCACCAAGGCAGGACGUCGCUCCCUGUCCCGCUCCAUUUCUCAGUCGUCCACGGACAGCUACAGCUCCGCUGCAUCCUAUACAGACAGCUCUGACGAUGAGACCUCCCCACGGGACAAAACGCAGGUCAACUCCAAGGGCAGCAGUGACUUCUGUGUCAAAAACAUCAAGCAGGCCGAAUUCGGCAGACGUGAGAUUGAGAUAGCAGAACAAGAUAUGUCAGCACUUAUUGCACUCAGGAAGAGAGCGCAGGGUGAGAAACCAUUGGCAGGGGCCAAAAUUGUGGGCUGCACUCACAUCACGGCCCAGACUGCUGUGCUGAUUGAGACUCUGGUGGCUCUCGGGGCUCAGUGCCGCUGGACUGCAUGUAACAUCUACUCCACACAGAACGAAGUGGCUGCAGCUCUGUCAGAGUCUGGUGUUGCUGUCUUUGCAUGGAAAGGAGAGUCUGAAGAUGACUUUUGGUGGUGUAUUGAUCGAUGCAUCAAUACAGAGGGUUGGCAGCCUAACAUGAUCCUUGAUGAUGGAGGAGACCUGACACACUGGGUGUACAAGAAAUACCCCAAUGUGUUCAAGAAGAUCAGGGGCAUUGUAGAGGAGAGUGUCACUGGGGUUCACAGGUUGUAUCAGCUGUCUAAAGCUGGAAAGCUGUGUGUGCCAGCCAUGAAUGUAAACGACUCUGUGACAAAACAGAAGUUUGACAACCUUUACUGCUGCAGAGAGUCGAUCCUGGAUGGCUUGAAGAGAACCACAGAUGUCAUGUUUGGAGGGAAACAGGUGAUCGUAUGUGGGUACGGUGAGGUUGGGAAAGGCUGCUGUGCUGCUCUGAAAGCUCUGGGUGCCAUCGUCUAUGUCACAGAGAUUGAUCCCAUCUGUGCCCUGCAGGCCUGCAUGGAUGGAUUCAGGGUGGUCAAGCUCAAUGAGGUCAUUCGCCAGGUUGACGUCAUCAUCACAUGCACCGGGAAUAAGAAUGUGGUGACCAGAGACCAGCUGGACCGGAUGAAGAACGGCUCUAUUGUCUGCAACAUGGGUCACUCCAAUACUGAAAUUGAUGUGGCAAGCCUGCGGACCCCUGAGCUGACCUGGGAGAGAGUGCGCUCUCAGGUGGACCAUGUCAUUUGGCCCGACGGCAAGAGGGUCAUCCUCCUGGCUGAGGGUCGUCUGCUGAACCUCAGCUGCUCCACUGUCCCUACCUUUGUCCUGUCAAUCACAGCAACCACUCAGGCUCUUGCCCUCAUUGAGUUGUACAAUGCUCCUGAGGGACGAUACAAGCAGGAUGUUUACUUGCUUCCCAAGAAAAUGGAUGAGUAUGUUGCCAGCUUGCAUUUGGCCACUUUUGAUGCCCACCUGACAGAGCUCUCUGAUGAGCAGGCCAAGUACUUGGGCCUGAACAAGAAUGGUCCUUUUAAACCCAACUACUACAGGUACUAAUCUGCAUGGAACCCACACCUCAGCACCACUGAACUUGGGCAGUACCGAAUAUUACCUAUCAAGACGACAAAUGGAAGUUAUAUAUUUUGUAUUUUACAGACUCUUCACAGGAUGCAAAUUUAUAUUUAGCUGUAUUUCAUUAGCCACAGUAAGUUUUGUCUUGAUUCACUCGUUGCUUCCUGCACACGACCAUCUGGCACCCGACUAGCUAUGAAUAGUCACUGUAAAAGCAGCAAGUAUCUUUGCUGUCAGCUGAAGAUUUUAUUUUUUGUGCUUCUGUUUCUAUACCUGCUCCCUCUUUGCUUAGAGAUAUGAUAUAUAUAUUGACCUAUACAUCAAUAUAUUGUGCCAAAUAUAUUAUGCAAGGAAAGGGUUAGUUGCAAAAUGUAAAAGGUUAGUUGUGAAAUGUGUUUAAACAAAUGCGCUUUCUGCUUUGAUGUUGCUGCACUUUCUCAGUAAAUACAUUCCAUCCAGAUGAUUAUCCUGCUGCAGAUCAGGGCAACAAGGAAGCUGAGUAAUUUUUGAAUACAUAGGAGUAGAGCUUUGCUUUUUUUCCUGCAAGAGAUAUAUCCAUUUGUGAGGCUGUUUUGAGUGUCUGGUAAGAGUAUUAGUUGCACUUCAGGGCAUUCAAAUAUCUGAUGCUUUGUGUAAACACUGUGAGGUCCAAAAGUCCCGACUCUAGUACUGACAACUGUUUGUUUACAUCAUUUAUGAAAAACCCAACUAUGAAGAUGACAGAUUUUUGAUUUAAAUCUUGUUCACACACCAUUUGGUAAGAUUUCCCAAAUUGUUGUCACACCAAAUUCUUCAUUUACAUAGUAACACAUGCAUACUCUCGAUAUAAAGUAUGAAUUAUUUUUGGCUUACUCAACAACUAAUACAUCAUAUUGACUAAAUUAGUACAGUCAUCCAUGUGUUAUUGCUGCCACUGCUACUGUUUUUACUUUUAAAAAGAACUUAGUACUUGCAGCUAAAUUGAAAGUUAAGUUUAUAGGGGGCAGUACAAGUCAAAUGGUAGGCAUUUUAACUACUGAUAAAUUCUUAAAUACUAACAAAAAUUAAGUGACUUGUAUUAGCACAAAUAAAUGUAACCCUGUUUGCCAGAUGUCAUUUGAUUAAAAAUUUCUUGUAUUUUUUAUAAGUGAUCAAACAAGAAUUCUUGGUAGUGGACUCUUGGACUAUUGGACCCUACUGUGUGUUUUUAUCCUGAUCUGCACUAUUAGACCUUAGUAUCCAUGUCUGGUCUCACUAAUGGCACUCUUGAUUUUAUGGCUCACAGUUAAACUGUAAAUAAUAUUAUAAUUUGGUACUCAUCUGUCUAGUUAAAGUUUACCUGUCCAGACUAAAUUGACUGGGGCAGCUAUAUUCUGUGUAAAGUGUACACAAGCUGUAGACUCCAUGGUCACCAGUUGUUGCAAAUCAAAUUUUGGAAUGGAUAUUCCAAAGAUGUUUAUUAUUAGGUACAUACAUAGCGUACGGUGUUUGUAUACCUGGCAGUUACAGAUGAUCCAGGCCCAUAUUGAUAUUUAUAGAAGAUCAAAAUGGAGUAAAUCAAAUCAGAUCUUGUAAAUAAAGGGUUUCCAUCUGCUUCUCAAUGACAAUAUCAAAUAUUCCCAGCCUGGACAUGGAUAAGCUUUGCUAGUGAAACACUUGUCAAGGCAGUUGUGCUUUCUUUAACCACUGUGUUAUCUUGUGUAUUUUUACUCUUGCAAUUCUAACAUCCUGCCCCAUCCUAUCCUGCCCUGCCCUGCCCUGCCCCACCCUGCCCUGCCUUUUCUGGCUGUAUAGGCAACCCCUCGCAGCACUGUUUUUCAGAGACCUGUUGAAUGCACAAUUUUAAAUGCCUCAUUUAUUUCUCCUUUGUAAUUAGUGCUCACGUUCGCUAACUUUAAUGUAUAUUUUCAGGUUAAAUAGUGAUUGUGCAAGUAGUUGUUUUUUCUCUGAAUUUAAACCCCUUAAAUGGCUCAUGACCUGCUCUAUUAUGCCCUGGUGGGCACACCACACAGUUGACGAUAUGACCGUCCCUGCAGAGAGUUACAGAUCAUUUCUGUAUUUCCUUUGUGCAGUAAUUUCAAGUUUGACCAGUAUUUUACAGUACGUUACUAUAAAGUGAAGCGCUUCAUCUUUGCACUAACAGUGAAAGGGCAUUACAGCCAAGGACAUUUGAGUGAGGACAUUGUUGGCAGCAAAAUAAGUGCUGUAACCAUGGUUACUUGUCAGUUGACAGUGCCUUGACUCACUUAGUACUUCAACUUCACAUGUACAACUGUCUUUUCUCUGAAAGUAUGGAAAUGCUCAGCAUGGUUGUUAUUCUGCAAUAUACAGUAAUUGCUAUGCAGCAACAUGAAUUUCUCCCAUGUUAAAGGCAUUUUAGCUGUAGAGUGGCAGUGAGGUGUUAAACCAGUGUUUUACAAAACUCAAAUAUGCAUUACUGUAAGAUAGCUCACGAGACAGUUUUAGACAUCAGUAAGAGACAUAUUUUACAGACAUAUUUUUUCUGUUGUACAAAUGUACUUUUUUAAACAUUGAUUUUAAUGUAGAUUAUUCUUCCCUGUCUUAUUUCUAAUAACAGUCAAGUAGUGAAAUUAUUUACAGUGGUCUUUUCACAAUACCACUGGGAAAAUGCCUUGAUAAUCAAUUCCUUUUUUUGCUUUAAAACAAGAUGAUGGUCAUUUUUACCCUAGUUUCAACUCUACUAUGUUGACAACUGAAUGUGAUAUUACUGGAGCAAACUGUUGGACCUAUGUCACAUUAAACUAAAUAAGCAUACCACUGUGAUUUGACGUUUGUACACUGUUGCUGGUUUAAUUUUUUUGAUGUGAUGACUUUCAUUUGACAGUUAUUUAAAGAAAAUAUCAGCUAUAACACAUAUUUACUUUCACCACAAUCUAUGUAAAAUGUUUAGUUUGGUUGAAGAAUACAGUUAUAACAGCAUUUACAGCCAUUCACUGUCAUGGGGAAUUUUCUGAGCUUUUAUCUGUUUAUGCUUUUAUUCAUGUAUGUGCACAAACCCCUUUAAUAAACUUUAAAUUUGAAAA